GAGAGAGAGACACACAGAGAGACUGUAGUCAGUCAGCUCUCACUCAUGUAUGAGUUUGUUUCCUCUACACUGAUCAAGAUGAAGCUGUGUUUGAUUCUCGUCUGUGCAGUUCUUCUCUACACAGAGGCUAAAAUUCAGCACAAGGACAUCGCAUUAGUCCUGUGCUCUGAUACAGAGAAAGAGCAGAUAUAUGGACUGGAUGGAGAAGAAAAGUGGCACGCUGACUUCAGUCAGAAAAAAGGAGUGAUGACCCUGCCAGAGUUUGCACAUCCUUUCUCCUAUGUAGAAGGAGCCUAUGAGGGGGCUGUUACUAAUACAGGAAUCUGUAAACAAAACUUGGCUGUUUUUGUAGAAGGUUACAAGAGCCCUGCAGAACCAAAAGAUGCCCCUCAAAGUUCAAUCUACUCCAAGGACGAUGUGGUGCUGGGCUCUAAAAACACUCUAAUCUGUCACAUCACUGGAUUCUACCCGCCUCAUGUUGGAGUGUCUUGGAGCAGGAACGAUAUAGAUGUGACAGGUGAAGCUUCUCUCAGCAGAUAUUAUGUCACUGAUGAUGGAACCUUCAACCUGAUCUCUCGUCUGAGCUUCACUCCAGGGGAGGGCGACAUCUACACCUGCAGUGUGGAGCACACGGCUCUGGAAAGACCACUGACCAAAACAUGGGAUGUGCAGGACACUCUGCCCAGUGUGGGUCCGUCUGUGUUCUGUGGAGUGGGUCUGGCUGCAGGACUGCUGGGAGUCGCUGUUGGAACUUUCUUCCUCGUCAAAGGAAACAACUGUAACUGAGAGUCUGACUGUCAACAAUACAGAAAAGUCAUUACAAGAUGAUUUGCAUGUUUGAAGCUUGUGUGAUUUUUCUUGUACUCUACAUUUUGUCAUUUUUCUAUUUUUUUGUUUCGAUGUUCUACACCAUGUCUUUGUGCUGUAAUUUUGCACCUAGUGUAAUCAAGCCUUUGUCCAUUUGAAUUCUAUGCAACUAAAAUUUCUUCAUAUUGUUAUAUAUUGUUAUAUUCCCACAGGAGUGUGUUCACAUAUUUUGAAGACCUAAAAUGAUUUAGUUGGCCAAAGUAAAUAAAGAGUAACUCUAAAGGGUAAAAGAGUAACUCCACAAAUUUUUGUUUAAUACCUGUUAUUUUCCUAUAAGCUGAUGAUUGGAAUUAAACCUGCAGUUAAAUGAAAAGUAAAUAAAACAAGUUUACAUUUACAUUUUAUUGUUACAAUAAAAAAGUAAAUGUAAAAGAAAAAUAAAUUGUGAUUGGAGAAUUGCAUUGCAUGAAGAUCAAUAUUAUUUUUAUGUAAACACUUUUUUUAUUGAAUAUUAUUAGAUAAUCAACAUCAACUAAUGUUGGCAUUUUUGCAAGCUUUUAAUUAAAUCUGAGGACUGGGGAAGAAAGCUUUCAUAUCAUGUCUCACAUCUCAUUUUCAAGAAUUUGGACAUUACACUUGAAGUAUUCAAAUUAAACUUGAUCAUAAGUAUUUGCAAUGA